ACGACAUCACGACCACGACCACGACCGCCGGCGCUACCUGCAUGAGCGCCCUGUCACGUGAAUAGACGCAUCGAAACUUGAAUACAGAAAAAGACCCCGCGAAAUCGCGAACGCCACACAAUGGGCGUCUCAAUCCUGCCUCCCAGCGCACCCCUCCCGCCGCGCCGCGAUGCGCCUGCCGACGACAGCGACGUCGACAUGUCCGAUGACGAACUCCCAACCUCAAAUAGCGCCACCAUAGUCACACCAGGCGAACACAUCACGAGCGACCCCCAAUGGAUGCGCGGUCACGGCACAUACGUCCCAGCCGGGAGCGGGACAAUCAUCUCGACAGUGGCGGGCAACCUGCACAAGACAAACAAGCUGCUGUCCGUACAGCCUCUGCGCGCGCGCUACCAGCCAGAGAUCGGCGACCUGGUCAUCGGGCGCAUCGUCAACGUGCAGACGAAGAAAUGGAGCGUCGACAUCGCCGCGCCCAUGCUCGCCAACCUGCCCCUCUCUUCCAUCAACCUGCCCGGCGGCAUCCUGCGCCGCCGCACCGCCGUCGACGAGCUCAACAUCCGCACCUUCUUCUCCGAGGGUGACCUACUCGUCGCCGAAGUCCAGUCGCUGCACCAAGACAACACGGCUUCGCUGCACACGCGCUCGCUGAAAUACGGAAAGCUGCGCAAUGGGCUCUUCACCUCGCUCUCCGGCGCCGGCGGCGGCAUCCUCAGCCGCAAGGGCGGCGUCGUGCGCAGCAGGCGCCAGGUCUUCACGCUCAACACCGCGGCUGGCGAGAUCGACGUCGUGCUCGGCGUCAACGGGUACAUUUUCAUCUCCAAGCACACCGCGGUCGCAGCCUCGACGACGGAAACCGGCAUCAACAAGCUCGACGAACAGGUCACGGAGACGCUGUACUCGAGCCAGAACGACGACAUUCCGGCGCCAGUGCUGAAGGAGAUCACGCGCGUCAGCACGCUGAUCAAGGGCCUUGUGGCGUGCGGGGCCAAGGUCGACGAGGACACGAUUGUGCGCGUGUAUGAGGGCGCCGUGGAGCUGGACGCCGAGGAGCAGAGUCUGGGCGGCGUGGAGAAGGGCGUGGGCGCGAAGGGCGUCGUGGAGGCGGUGCUGGCGCGGCUGGCGGUCGAGAACGCUGGGUGAAGGCCGCACGACGAGGCAGUACACAGGUAGCAAAACAUCAACAUGGGCGGUCUUGCAGCAUUUGCCCCUGUGGUGGCGUCGCUGAUGCCCGCCUCGCGCACGCCGCGAAGCCACUGGUGCGGGCCGGGCCUUAGUCGUCUGGCGACAAAGGGGCGGCACGGAGCGCAGGCAAGACACCACAGGUGUGGGGAAGCGGCAGUCACGAUGGGCGUACGAGAAGAGAUGAAU